UAAUUUCAAGAGAGGGACGAAGAAGACCAAAAGAGCCUGGAAAAGGGAAGGAAAUCUGGCGCCAUGAUCGACAUAUCCCUCGCUCCUCCCUUCUUACCGGCUCUUGAGGCAGAAGCCAUCACCCACUACCGGAGGACGUAUCAUAACUUCCGCCUGGGUAAGUCGCAAGGAGCAAAGGGCGAGACCAACCAGUUCCAUGUGGAGCCCGACUUGCCCGCCGUCGAUGAAGAACUUCUCGAACAAGAGACGUUUUUCUCCCUGUCCGGGUCCAUUACCAAGGUGAUGGAUGCGAUCACGGGAUACCGCAUCUCGUACAGCCGCUUCCGCCAAGGGUUCCACCGAGGAGCCAAGGGCGAAAUCAGCGCCGUGACACAUUUCAUGACCGCUGCCCACGCGAAAUUCAUGCCCGUGGGUCAACGCGCAAACCUGAUCCGCACCACUGCGGAGGCUAAGGCUGCCGGGGAUAUCGACACCCCAGUCACGAAGCUGCACGUGCACUUCGGAUGCGGACGACUCGGCAUGGGCUUGCUCUCCCCCGCCAUGGCAAAGUCUGGACGUCCAGUGAUCCUGAUCGACGGCCCUUUCGGAGACUACGAAGCGCUCGUCAAGGAGGGACACAAGACGGUCAACUUCUACGUCAACGGCGAGCCGACGCUGACGGAUGUGACCUUGAUCACGAGCGAAGCGGACCUGCCCGACGACCUAUACAAGCCGGGGCUCAAGCUGUUCAUCUGCUCGACUGACCCCGCCCUGCAGAGAAAGGCCGUGGACGCCUGUGACACUCUCACCACUUCACUUGGACCUGUGAUGCACAAGGUGGUCAUGCCUCACUUCGACGUGGACAAGAGCCCCGGUGACCGCACCUACAUCUACGGCUGCGAGAAUGACCACGGGAUGGUGGAAGAGCUGGGGGAGAAGCUGGAGGGCAAGGCGGAAGUUGUCACGUGCAUGGUGGAUCGAAUCUGCACUGGGCGUGAGGUGACCGGCAACGACAUCAAGGUCUCCGCUGAGCCGCACCUGGGAGAGGUCGUGAUCCUGCAGCCCCCUGUGGCAGCACCCCUCCCAGCCUUCGCCGGAGAUAAUGUGAUGGUCCCGAUGACCUACGGAGAGGCCAACUACUUCUGUCGGAGGAAGAUCACCAUGGUCAACGGCAUGCACACCACGUUGGCCUUCAUCACGCUGUGCAGGGAGGAAUCGGGUGACCACCCCGGCGACCACAAGCUGCUCACCUGCAAGGAUGCCCCGCAAGACGUACAGGACUCUAUUUGGCACUGGGCUGUGGCUCGCCUUUUGCUGAUUUUGUGGGAACACGACCACGAGAUCAUCCGGCACGCACACGGCUUGACCACGGAUGAUGAGGUGUGUGAGAAGCUCAUCGCGUACGCGCGCAGCUCGUUGAAACGUUUCGACACGGUGGAAGACACGACCGGAAGGGUGCUCGCCGGGGGAGUGGCCAACCGCUGGAACACUCGCCUGAAGGUGGCUCUAAACUACCUGGACAGCCAGCCGAGGCCGGGCCAGAUGGAGGCUCGCCUCCUCAAGAUGUCUGGCGUCAAGUACACGGAUGUGGUGAGCAGCGUCAAGACCCUCGUCGAAGACAGCCACCGCUUCGUCGGGACCGCUCCCGUGUCACAGCCCUGAAGUGGCUGACAUGAUGUGAUGCGGCAUAUGAUAUCAUACACGCAUGUGAUGUCAUGUGACCCGAUGGCAUUUGCGUGUAGAUGCAUUGCUCCCUCAACAAGAACAACCUGAGCGUCCUCAUGCAAGCCAGGACGGGAAGCAGGCACGAGUGAAGCUUGGUUGCUGCAGGUUACGGCGUAAUGAACAGUUUGCGAAGAGCUCAAUGAUAUGUCAGGGCUUAGGUACAGUAGGCCUUCGCUGUCAGACGGGAGGGCGCAAAGGUAGUGUGUCCAUAAGCAUGCAGCAGGGGAAAGGCAUUUGUCGUGUUUGCGCAAUGGUGUAGCGUAGCCUGAAAUGCUGAGAUUCUCCUGGAUUGGGCUUGCUUGGACUACAGCGGGAUUUGUAGGAUGGGGUGGGUAGGCCAAGCAUCAGGUAUACUCUACAUGACUCGACACCCGAUAAGCGCGUAAGAUACAUACCAUACCGUAUAGGGCGUUUGGCCACCAGGGUCGUCAGUGCUGGGUUCACGAUUUCCAACCCCAGCUUCGGCCAAAAAAAAAAAUGCCGGUCCAUCCAUAAGCGAAAAUACGUUCCGAGAAAACGUGUGGAGUCUCUCUGGUUCCCUCCGUGACUUGUCUUUGUAGUGCGAUACUUACGUUAUUUGUUCCAGUGCACGCGAGCGCUUUGGUCAGUCAGCCCUAAACCAACUCCACACCUGACUAAAAGGGUGGGUUUUCACGCGUAGGACUUGGCGUUUUACAGGCAAACAUCGCUGGGAUAAAACUUCGCUCGCGUAGGCUGUGUUUUCUUCGCGCUUCGUUUGAGUGUUGGCGAUUACAUAAAUACGUACGUGCGCAGUUCGAUUGGGUAAUUCGACUGUACUCGGUUGAUGUGGUGAUGGUAGCGGACUUCCUGAACGAGGGUUGUUUCAUCUUGGUCCCGUUUGUGUUGAGUGGCAGUUCUAGUUACGAGGUCCGCGCGUGCGCGUGGCAAUGUUUUGUGCUCCUUGGGUGUUGAUGAACGGGAUAUAGGUGUGGUGCCCAUGUGUGCACGGAGCGCACGUUGAUCAAUUACGGAUAUAUAUGUACACAUG